ACACAAAUCAGCCAGAUGUCAUGUCAAGCAAAUAAAAUGUUGUUCAAUACGGUCCAAUUUAAUAAUUGAAAGAAUCCAUUGAAUGACGUGCUGAGACCUUGGAGUGUUGUUAUCGGGAAGUGCAUUAGUGUAUUUGCCGAAAAAAUGUCCACGGAGAACGAAGAAACGUUGGAUAUUAAUGGUGCGGCGAACACGGAGCCGAGCAAAGAAAAACGCAUCGGUUGCGCUCAUUACAAACGUCGUGCAAAGUUCGUGACACCAUGCUGCAACAAGGUGUAUGUGUGCCGAUACUGUCACGAUGAGAACGAGCAGCAUUACUUCAACAGGAAAUCUGUCACGGAACUGAUAUGCACAGAAUGUGACAAGAGACAGAAGGUGCAGGAAGAAUGUGAGAACUGCGGCGUGCGGUUUGGAAAGUACACAUGCCUGAUCUGCAACCUGUUCGACGAUGAUGACAAGCGCCAGUAUCACUGCGAGGGUUGCGGCAUCUGCCGCGUGGGCGGCCGCGACCGGUUCUUCCACUGCGAGCGCUGCAACAUGUGCCUGCCUGUACAGUUGCAGCAAGUCGGACACAGGUGCGUGGAGAACGUGUCCCGGUCGAACUGCCCGGUGUGCCUGGAGGACAUCCACACGUCGCGCAUCCCGUGCCACAUCCCGGACUGCGGGCACCUGCUGCACCGGCCCUGCUUCGAGCAGCUGCUGCACUCGGGACACUACGCCUGCCCCACCUGCCAGACCAGCAUGAUCGAUAUGACCAAUCUGUGGAGCUACUUAGACUCGGAGGUGGCAGCUACGCCGAUGCCGCCGGAGUACGCGGACUACAAGGCCACCAUACUCUGCAAGGAUUGUCACAAGCUAUCGACGGUAAAGUUCCACGUGGUGGGACUGAAGUGCCAACACUGCGGCGCCUACAACACGUGCCAGACCAACGGGUUCCAUAAGGACUCAAACAGCACACAGGCCGGCGACUCAUCGACCGCGACAUCAACGUCGACUAGUCGCAGCGGAUCGUCCUCUGCGACAUUCCCAGAAACGCGCGAAGAAACGCAAAACGACGAAUUGCCGCGCGCCAACCCGAUGGACGAGCCGCCGCAAGCUUGACACAUCAUGUAGACUCUUGCGACACGAAUCAUCGCAACCAUCGCGCUUGUCGCACGACAAGUCGCAUCUUUUAUAAGGUGAUGUUAAUUAUUGUCUUUAUUCUUUAGACUGUCGCACGUUUGGUUGUGUCGGUCGUCCGAUAAGUCGAAAGCAAUUUGACAUAUCUUGUGAAUUAUAUUUAUUUAAUUUUAUCGUCUAGUUACAUAUUGUAUUUUAGGGAUUUUUUUCGUCUGGCAAUACCUGUUUAUGGUCUGUGAAUAUUUUUGUCUUGUAGCUAAUUGAGGUUUUUUAUUGUAAAAUGAGAAUACAAUAUUAAUAAGCAUAUAUAACAUAAUAUAAUUACUAACCAAAUAAUUAUUUGGAUAAUGUAUGAGGUACCUAACACCUAAACUUUGUAAGUAAGUCUGGCAACACUUGUAUGUGACCCGACCUCGCUCAUAAGUUGCUCAUAGCUGUAAUAUAAUUAUAAUAUAAUCUGUCCAAUAUACAUAUUAAGCGUUUCAUCUUGUAAAGGCACUUAUUAUUAACAAUUCAUUUUCAACUUUAUUGCCAAGUAAUAAAGUUUAUUCCAAGACUCAAUAGUAGCACUCUCUUUUACAAGGGAUUCAUAACACAAUUACUAAUAAUAUGUAACAAUUGAAUUUGUGCCCUCUGUUUAGGUUGAUAAGGUUGAAAAUCGAUUACAAAUUUGAUAAACAGGUAUAAUUUGAACAGCCUACAUUUUAUAGAUAAACUAUACUUACUUCAAUCUUGUUCUUCCGUAUGUACUAUAUAGCUACUUCCGCGCGGUUUCACCCGCUCUGCUCGGUUCCUAUUGGUCAUAGCGUGAUGUUUAUAGCCUAUAGCCUUCCUCGAUAAAUGCACUAUCCAACACAAAAAGAAUUAGUCAAUUCGGACUAGUAGCUCCAAGAGAAGCGUUUAAACAAACAUACAAACAAACAAACAAACUCUUUUGCUUUAUAAUAUUAGUAUAGAUUUACAGUUCUCUUCCAUGAAUUUCUUACUUCUUGUAAUUCGUUUCUUCAUUACUGAAGAUCGUGUUUGCGAGCAUGAGUCCUCCAUGAGAUCCCUUCCCUUCCUGUCUUCACUAUGUUUGUGAUCGAUAUUCUGUAAUCUUCUGUGAGCGGAUUCGCUGGUGUUAUCUUGGGAUAAAAAGUUCCAAUCACCCAAGUCAGCUCAUACCCUGUCUGUAUACCAAAUUUCAUCAAAAUCUGUUCAGUAGUUUCACCGUGAUUGACGGACAAACAUCCAAACUAACUUUCACAUUAUUUUGUAAUGUAAGUGUGAUUUACGAGAAUCUUAUUUUUUCCAAAUUACAAUAAAGAAAUGUUAUGUACUUAUUAGGAUGUAUAACAAAAUUUAUUUCACGUUCACGUGCCUUGCCGAAAAUAUUGGUUCAUGAAAUUGAAAUUACAUUCUUUCAAAUUAUUUUCAUCACUUCAAUCCAUUUAUCGUUCACCGUUUUACUGCCGUACUCAGAGACAUUUAAUGAUUACUUAAACUAUUCCUUAGUAACGACUUUAUUCCGAAAAUAAUUGCUAAGGACUGGAUUAGAUAACCAUUCAAUGACUCUGAGUGCGGCGGCUAAACGGCAUUAUUUAUAAAUAAUAUGUUUUUUAUACAAUAUUACAAAAAAUAUUAGCCAUUAAAAUUAAUAAAAUAUUAAAUAACAUGUUUAUAUAAUAACUAGUUAUUAACAUAAAUAACCAUUUCUCGUUUCCAAUAGUUAAAUAGCUAUAGAUCGUUGCUAGAAGUUUCUCAAAACUUUUUUAUCUAUAAUUCUAAGUGAUAUGGUUGGUACAUGCUUAGCUUGAGUGAAAAUUUUAAAAAAUAAUUGAAUUUGUGAUAAUUAUUAAGGUUUGUGUUAAUACAUAUGUUAUUAUAUUGUUAUGUAUCUAUUUUACUUUCACAAAUCCUUGACUUUAAGGGGACGUCCAUUUAUCACGUGACACUCAAUUAGGGGAAGGGGGUUCGACAAAACAUCACGAAACAUCACAAGGGCGCUUUAAAAAUAUCACGUGUAUUUAUUUUCUCGCCAAACGCGGGGAUGGGGGGGUCAAUCUCACCACAUAUCACAACGUGAUUAAUGGACGGCCCCUAAUUAUUGUAGUAAAAUUUUGUUUGUUUUUUAUUUAUGUCCCUAGAUGGUUUUGUCAAUUACUUUUCAUAUUAUUAGGAGAAUAUUCAAUAACAAAAAGUUGUAUAUUUUAUGAAUAAUAUCACAUAAAUAUAUGGCAUGUAGAGUAUCGUACAUUGACCUACUGUAUCUGUCCUUGUCACUCUAGUGGAUAUAUGGAUGUUGUAUCUCGCUUACACUUUUAAGAAAACAGUGUACCUAUUUCAACAGCUAUUAAACGUGGUAGCGUUUAGCCCUCUGAUUGGUUGGUUCAUUGGAGCAGGCCAAUCAGAGCGCCCAACGUCAUAAACAUGUCGAUCAUGUUAAACGUGAAACAAACUCGUACUAUAAAGUCCUUAGCAAUGCACUUGUAGAUCCUCUGGGCGGCGCUGAUCGUUUACCAUCAGGUGAUCCGUUUGGUUAAAUUUGUAGUUAACGAAUUAAGUCAAUGUACGAUACUCUCUCUGUACUCUUAGUAUGAGUUUGCUUUACAUUAAAAGUAAUCGAAACGAGAGUGCGUUCGGCACUCUGAUUGGUCGGGUCGAAUAAACCAACCAAUCAGAACGCUGAACGCGUUCUCGUACGUACGUAAAGCAAACUAAUACUAAGGGUACUGCUCUCCCUUAUAAAUAAUAUAAUCGUUGUCUUAUUCCAUAUGACAUUGACCCUAGGAUUAAGUAGACUAAUAUUUUACUGCCGCACGCAGAGACAUUUAAUGAUUACUUAAACUAUUCCUUAGUAACGAUUUUGUUCCGAAAACAAUUGCUAAGGACUGAGUUAAGUAACCAUUAAAUGACUCUGAGUACAGCGGUUAAACAGUAAUUUAUUUGUAAGGUGUACAACAUUUGGCAGGAUAUAUUUAUAUAUAUAGGCGGUUUUAUUUAGUCUGUAUGUCUGUCUGUCACCAAACUGUUGUUGCUUUAGUAUAAUAGCUUUCUUUGCGUUCCAUGUUAUAUAUUGAUUGUAUACAUUUUAAGUUAUUUUGCCAAUGUUCUUUUUUUGCAUUUCUCAAACUAUUGUAUAGUAUUUUUUACGUAACAUGCAGACAAGAGAUCAGAUUAUUUUUGGAGUAUUGAAAAAUGUACUUUAUUCCUUUAACCUUUAAGUCCGAAGUCGACUGAAGGUAUUAGCGAAUUCGUUAAAGUUCAGCUAGGGUUUUGUAAAAUAGAUAUUUAUGUCACUAAUAAUAAAGUACAUUAUUGAAUAAUUAAAUAAAUUAUGUCACGUUUUUAUUAACAGAUAUGUUUCAAUGUAUAAUACAAUGUUAGAUUGUUCUACUCGACUUAUUAUGUUGUUUUUGCGUUGUAUGAAGUGAGUGCAGCGAAUAAAAUGCGAUAUUUAUAAUACCAA